UCUCCACUUGCUAGCUUGCAAGGGCGAAGCAGGAGCUCUUUGUCUCUGGCCCCCGGGACGUUCCAGAGACGACGAGGCGGCUGCCGUGAGCAAACCCCACCUCUUCCUCGAGGGGAAAAGCCUCCUCUCUCCUCCUCCUUCCGCAGGUGCAAUAGAGCGCGGGGAUCUGCGGGCCGGACCUCCGCACCCGCACCCCUACGGUCGGUUGGCAGUAUAGUGUUGAUCUGCUGUAAAAGACCAUAUAUGCUGCAGUACUUGGAUGCUUCAAGGCAUGGAUGGGAAGAAAUGCAGCGUAUGGAUGUUCUUACCUCUUGUACUGACACUGUUUACCUCAGCGGGACUAUGGAUUGUAUAUUUUAUAGCUGUAGAGGACAACAAAAUUCUCCCACUAAAUGUGAAAGAAAGGAAACCAGGUCCCCUGAAGCCACCUUAUAUAAGUGUUGCAGGUGAUGCCCCUCCUGCAAGCUGUGUGUUUAGCCAAGUCAUGAACAUGGCAGCAUUUCUAGCACUCGUGGUGGCUGUCCUCCGCUUUAUUCAGCUAAAGCCAAAGGUCCUGAACCCCUGGCUCAACGUGAGUGGCCUGGUGGCAUUAUGCUUGGCCUCCUUCGGAAUGACCCUCCUUGGCAACUUCCAGCUUUCCAAUGAUGAAGAAAUACAUAAUGUUGGGACAUCCCUGACCUUCGGGUUUGGUACUUUGGCCUGCUGGAUUCAGUCUGCAUUGACACUCAAAAUAAACUUGAAGAAUGAAGGAAGGAAAGCUGGAAUCCCACGAGUCAUCUUGUCUGCAGCAAUAACCCUCUGUGUAGUUCUUUAUUUCAUCCUGAUGGGACAGAAGUUCCACAUGCACGCAUCACGGAUACAGUGGGGCAUGGUAAUGUGCUUCCUCUGCUACUUCGGCACCUUCGCGGUGGAGUUCAGGCACUACCGGUUUGAGAUCAUUUGCUCCGAGUACCAGGAGAACUUCCUCAGCUUUUCUGAAAGCUUGUCUGAAGCAUCUGAGUAUCAAACGGAUCAGGUGUGACCCAGCCUCUCUCCCUUUUCCCCACGGUGCUGGGCGCGUGCAGUCACAUGACUCUCUACUCACGGCUCCAUUUCUCACUUCAAUUUUGUUAAAACACCUUGUUUUCCAUGCCUGUAGGCACUGGCACGUUGCCAAAAAGUCCAUUGUUGGGGCAGGACUAGACCUAAGAGAUGCAGAGUGGCUGCCACUCUGUGCUCUUCCCCCCUCCUGCAGCAUAGCAAGAUAGGAAAGAGACACAGAACAUUUCACCCAGAGUGUGAUUAAUUAUCAGAGGUUUUGGAGUUGGGGUAGGGAACAGAUCAAGAAAUCUUAUAAAUUUUUCAAUGAAUUUGAGUCCAGUAGCACUUUGGAGACCAAUAAGAUAAAGGUGUGGGUGUGUGUUAAGCUUUCAGGAGUCAAAACUCCCUUCAUGAGAGCUUUGAGUCUUGAAAGCCUAUUCCUCCAAAAUCUUGUGAGUGUCUAAGAUACUCCUGGACUUGUGUCUUACUGCAGACCAACAUGGCAGCCCUCUGAUACUACCAUCUUUGGUGAACCUGUAACAUUUAGAAUAUAGGCAAGCUACAAGAGGUCCCACAGGCUGCUGCUACUGCUGCUUUUGAGGCUGUCUUCGCAUCAAUUUCCUCUGCUCCUCACAUGCAGUUUAAGACACAAGAAGUGCACCAAGCAAAGACAGGCACGUGAGCCACCAAUUCUUCCUGUAUGCAAAUAGAAGGGAUUUGACCACACAGAUUGCAUAUUCUGGGCCAGUUCAUGUAGCCUUGGAUUUCCAGGUUCUCCUCCCGAGCUUUCUUCUCCACUGCUGAACUGGGAUCGGUUGCAUCUGUGGUUCCUGGUUGCUUGUGUUUCUUGGUCCUUUUGUCUCCUCUCCUCUCUCUGGCCUGCUACAGUAAGCAGGGAGUGGUGGUAUAGACAAAAGGCUGCAGCUGCUUGGUUUCCUGUUUCAGCAGCAGAUUGAAAGGUAAUCCCCAGGUUGCAGUCUGGCAAUAUGGUUGAGGAUCCUGCUUCUCCCUUUCCAUAUACAUUUUUGUAUGUCAAACAGGUGUUAAAAACUGAGAAGUCCUGGGGAAAAGAUUGGCAACCCCAGGCAUUAUGAAGCAGUAGAACAAGGGUGAGAUGGCACCUCCCUCCACCUGAUGAGGACAAUAGAAAAGAGUAAGAGUCCAGUCGCAUCUUAACAAAAUUUGUGGCAGGAUAUGAGCUUUCACGAGUCUCUGCUCACUUCUUCAGAUACUUCAUGAAAACUCGUACUCUGCUACAGAUUUUGCUAGUCUUUAAGGUGCUACUGGGUUCUUGCUCUUUUCUACUGCUACAGACAGUCUAACACUUCUACCCAUUCUAAUCAGGACAGGACUAGAGUUGCCACCUUUAUUUCCCUGUCAGGGCUUCUAGGCCUUCGAGGGUUGCUACCAUGGAGCAAUGUGGCAGGUGAAACCUUUUCCUGGAUGACCAGGAAAGCGGUUAACAAUGUUACUCCCCCCCUUCCUCCAAAUUAGGCAGCUUUUAAAAGUCACAGUGGAUCUGCAGAAAGGGGAUGGGAUUAAGGAUCCUGUUCAAUAACAGCCAGACAGGUCAAUUUCAGAGGCAGAACCGCUUUAGCAGUUCUGAGCCCCACAAUCUAGUUGUGGGAGGGGCCUUUCUGUUUUAUACCAAGGGGAAGUGAAAACCACCUCCAGGAUCGGCUUUUGAAACCUACUUUUCCAAAGCAUCCUCCCCUAGUGCUUGCCUGAACAGUCCUCUCAGAGUUUCAGUAACCUAAAAGCUUCACGACAGGCAGACAGCAACAGGUUUCUCUCGUACCCUGUUGUCACAUGGUACCUGUUGAAUUCCUCUCUCUUAAAGGCACAGAGCUUUCAUCUCUAAAUAUUGAACAGUGUAAGGCAUAUGGACCAUCUCUGUCCUGGAAGGGAUCAUCUCUCCCUCCCCUCCCAAAAUCUGAACAGGAAUUCCGUGACUUGGGAACAAACAUCACUGUUGUAAAAAGUCAACAUUUCUUUAACAUUAGUGACGACCAAGACAGCAUUUGUACAUUGCAACGUACAUUGUAAAAUAUACAAUAUACAUGGUAAAGGCAGCUGUAGGCUAAGGGCUACCAGCAUUAUAACUCGCCCUUGAUCUGCAGGCAUUGGUGAACAAUAAGCAUAAUGACCUCUGUUCUGGAAAAAGCUUCUACUAAUGUCUUCAGAUCCAACAGCUGUUAAAUGUCUACUUCAUGGUUGGGUUCCCAAAUGACUUGGGGGGAGAGGGGAGGCUUUAGCUAUAACUUGAUGUUGAGAAAUCAGCUGAGAACUCUUUUCACAGCAUGGGAGAUCAAGCUGCAAUUAGCUGUAGCUAUAGUUGCCCAUUGAGAAGUUGGCAACCAUCACUUGGGGGCUGGGGGAAAGGUUGGCUUCCCUCCUUGCAGUGACAUAUUUGGAACUAGAUGGUAUAGAAACCUUGGCUUUUUCCUUGACACCAUCUAAGAGAACAAGGUAGAUAGCUACAGGUGAAGAUGAGUCAGUGCUGGAUUGUUUUUUUUUCUCCUGUUGCUAAUAGAUGUGAUGGGGGUGAGUUAGAUAACAAGUUCAGGUUUAACAGUGCAAACAAUUGACUUGUCAAAAUGCACAGUAUUUGGGCUUGUUUACUUUGGUUUAAAAUCUGCCUUGGAUACAAAAUAUUUGAGGUUGGAAAAACUGGCUAGAAAUUUGCAAGGUAAGUAUGGGGAUUUUCUCUGGAGAGAACUGCCCCCCCCCCAGUGGACCCAAUCCCAGUAUCGUCUAUGCAUGGUUAUUGAAAGGUAGGCCUGGAAGAAACACACUGGAAGUGAAAUACACACAUGUAGCUAACAUAAUAGGUUUCUGUUCAAAUUAUUGUAAAUAGUCCACUGUGAUAUUUUUUUUAAGAUAAAUGUUUACAUUGUAUCAUUUUAUAUUUAAGUUUAUUAGACAAAAAAAAAUUGGGAAAGGGUCCCUCCAAUCCCAGUAUGCAACCCAAGCCAAAAUUCAAGCUUUUGGGUGAUAUAUUGUACAUUUCUUAUGAAUAUUUCUUAUGACACAGAACAACUGAGCAAUGAUUGAUAACUGUACACUGAAAUAUGACCACUAAAUAAAUUUCUUUUAUGGAAA